AUGGCAUACACAGCAUUUAAUUCUUUGAUCACUUUAUGCUCUCACACUUAUAUUAAAUCCUGGAUUCUUGGUCUCUAUGGAAUUGAAACUUAAGAGAAGUAAGAAGAGACAUAGAGUGCAACCUAGUCCAUCACUCAUACUAAUUCCAAUUUGCCGCAGCAAACAAAUAGUCUUCAAAACGAAACUUCUAGAACGAAUCAAAGAGCAGAGCUCAGAGAGGAAAUGUUAGAUUUAGAAAAGAAAGAAUUUACCUAGAAGAUGAACUUUAAUGUGAAGAUACCAAGCAUGCUUGUCAAAUUAUCGAAUACAUAUUAUGCAAAGCUCUCAGUAUUUAUAAAGAAUUUAGUAUUUGAUGGAAACUAGGUGAAUUUGGAGGGGAACAAUACUUAGUCAAAGAAGAAGAAAAGUAGAAAGCUUAAAGAUAUCAGGCAAGUUAAUGAUUAGGUAUAGUAGAUGGAGCAAGAUUAAAUUAGGGAUCCAAAUUAGCAGGAAAGAAUGGUUAUCAAGAAGAAAAAGGACGAACUGAUUUUUGACAAAUUCGAUAAAUUGCCUAAAUUUACUAGCUGUAAUAAUUUGCUUACCGAUCAAGGGCUAGCAGACAUUCUCUCACUAGUAUUAGAUAAAGAUUACAAUUAAGAGGUCAAUAAGAAUAAUCCUGAUGUAAAUUCUAAUGGGCUCAAUAAUAAUAUUACGAAUAAUUAUUAGUCUAGCAAAUUGAGACACAAAAAGGUUAGGUCUAGAUCAUUUACUAGUAUAGAUGAGAUUAAUUAGAAAUUAGAGUAUCCAAGAAGAACAAUUGAGAAAAAGCAUAAAAGAAACUCAAAUGAUGAUAUAGUAAAUAACUUGAAUUUAAAUAGAGAAGCCAGAGAAAGCAAUACUGGAAUGAGUAACCAGUGUUUGAUUUGUUGUGAUAAAAUAGCAGACUCAGUGAUUAUGGACUGUGGCCAUGGCGGUGUAUGUUUCGAUUGUGCUAUUUAACUCUGCAUUAAUGCCUAUACCCAUAAUCUUAUAGUGGCUUAGAAGUUGAUAGAGAACAGACAUAGAAAUAGAAAUCCAAAUCUUUAGAUGAAAGAAUCUAGUUGCCACAUCUGCAGGCAGCAUAUUUCUUAAAUUUAUCAGCUUGAGACUGAAUGCCCAAUAGCGAACGAAAAAUUUGCAGAUGAAGAUGAAAAUUAGUAUUUGAGAGUAAAAGAUUUCUUCAUCAAUGAAAGAGAGUUCAUCAUUUACUAUCAAUACUAGAAAAAGCUAAAUGAAGAGAUGGUUCCAGAGGAAGAUAGCUCAGUGAACCUUGAUAACUCUAUGAAUCUCUUUGUACUAAGAGCAAAUGAUUCCCCCAAUCAUGCAAGUAGAGGAUAAUUAGCUAAGUACAGCAGAGUUCUCUAAAGUGAUAUUGAUAAAGUUAUUGAGAAGAUAGCUGAUGAAAGAAGGAAGUUGGCCAAAAGAUUCGAAAGCAUUGAGCAGAGGGCAGGCUAAUUACAAUAAGAAAGUUUUGCUGUUAAUAGUAGCUUCACACUAGGCAACAGUCUUCACCGACUUUAAGAAAGUAACAAUUAACCUGAGAACUCUAAAACCUCUUUCCAUAUACAAUAAUGCUAUGAUGCAAUUUCUAAAUACACUCAAUCACUCUUAUUCAAACAUAUUUCUAAUCAAACUUAUUAAUUUGGAUGUUGUGGUGUUUCUCCCAAGGUUUUUCCCGAAGGUCAACGCUCAUUGAACAUUACCCCACGAUUAGGAAUUUGGGACUUGAGAAGGACUCCCCCUUUCAGGUUUGCCGCGACAGGAGCGAGCGAAUCAACUCAACCGUCUCUUCCCUUGAUUUAUGAUGACAAAGCUUCGAAUGCAGAUUGCUUAGUUACACUCGUUCUGCUUUGGGGCCCCAGCUUUUCAGACGCUGUCCUAAUCAGUCUGAGGCUUAUCAUCAAUAGUUCUUACUUUGGUUCAUAUAAUACAUAGUUGCAUAUGGGUGGCACUCAAUAACACCAGAAGUUUAACCAUGAUUCAGAGAACUCCUAGUACAGUCAUUUCUAAUUGGAAAAUUAUGGCAGCUCCAGCACAUCCACCAAUUAAAUUCAAUAGCACCUAGAAGGCAUGAAGAUAGGCUCUUAAAAUAUCAUUGAUGGUAAUAGCUCAACUUAUAGUUCAUCCACUGAUAAUGAAAUUUACCAAGAGAUUGAAUAAAAAUAGCACUAGUCUCAUUAGUAUAACAUCAAUCAGCAUAUGCUCCACAAUAAUGGAAGUGCUAAUGGACAAAAUACUACUCAAGGUAGCUAAAUGAAUGAAAAUAGCAACAAUGGAUAUAACCCUUAAAAGUAUCUGAUGCCUGAGAGACUAGUCAGCAAUGAAGACUAACAGCAAACAUUUGAUUAAACUCAGGAGAUCAAUAUUGAAUAAAUGAUGCGAAAAACUGCGCAAUAAAAGAAGUCAAUUUAAUAAUUCCAAAAUCAAAGUCUUGAAGGACCAAUAACAAUAAAGGAUUUAAACAAACCAAGAGUAAAUAUCGACAAAAGAUCAAGCUCGCAGCAUUCUUUUGAGCUCUAAAUACCGCCUAUUCAGACUAACUAGCAUCAUUAGCAAUCCUUGAUAAAUUUAACUCAGCAAACAUUGAAUCCUCUUGCAAAUUAAAACCACUCAUCUUCACUGCUGUUAAACUCUUCCUUACUUUCUCAUUCCUAAUCUAUAUAGCUACCACUGUAGUAGUAUAAUCAAAAUGGAAACAGCACUACUAUGCAAUAUUCUUAAUGCUUUCCACUCUAGAAUACUUCCUAAUCUUCAAACUAGCAUUAAAACUUGUCUAAUUCCUAAGUUCAAAAUUCUUAGGCAAUUGCUGGUGCUAUGAAGGCAUUAUAACAUAAAAUGAAAUAGCUCGAAGAUUAAAAUGAAUUGCUAGUCUAGUAAAACAAUGAUCUUAAAGGCCAAUUGAGAUACUAGAUUGAGAAGAACUAAAAAGAAAAAGAGAAAUUUGGAGAAAUUAUGAUUAAGUAGAAGGCCUCUCAUUAGCAUUUAGAGAAAGAAUCUAAGCAGAGAAUUGAAGAUGAUUUAAAACAAGUAGGUGAAUUAAGGUAAAGGGUAGAGUAAUCAUCCAGAGCCAUAGACAAAAUGAUGAAGGAAAAUAUUGGCUUAAGGAAAUUGAAUACCCAGCUUGAGAAGCAAUUAGGGAUACAGGAAUAAGAAAACUAAAAAAAGGUUAUCACUACUAUGUAAGAAAUGAGAGAAGUUGAAAGAAAUCUUAAGAAAAAGUGCAAGAAAUUAUCCAAAGAAAAAAAAGAAUGCUAGAUUCAAAUUAAAGUAUUGCAUGAAGAGAAUUAAAAGCAAAAGACAUACUUUAGUCAGCUUAUAUAAGAUCUCGAGAUGAAACUUAAAGAGCUUAUUAGUCAAAAUCACAAUUUGAAUAAUGAGUAUAACUCCUAUAGGGAUUAAAAUGAAAGAUAAAUUUAGCACACUCAUUAAGAACUCCAAGAAAUGAAAUAGCUUCUGAGCUAGGGUUAGUAUCAAGUUGAAUCAAAAGACAGUGAAAAUCAGCAGUUAAAAAUAUAGCUAUAGAUAUUUUAAGAAGAGAUUUAAACAAUCAAGCAGCAAUUGUUUUCACUUCAGACCGUCUAGAAAAAUAAUGAAAAAGUGAGGGAAAAAACUGAGACUUUUGUUUAAGAAGUUGUAAAUGUGAAUGAAAUGCUUGUGCAGUCUAUUUAAUAAAGAAAGAUUGAGAAGUAAAAUAGAAGAUCAAGCCAACACAAUUAAAGUCAGAUUAGUAAUUCUAUGAUUCCUGACUAGUUAACUCCAUUAACAACCUAAAGCAAUCUUCCAUCUUAUAGAAAUCAAACUGAGUCAUCCUUUUAAAAUUAGACAAGAAAUUAAGCUAAUAUAAACUAGCAAUAUCAGUUAGAUCACAAUCGCAGUGAAAGCUCUUAAAAAAGCAAUUAGUCUCAGAAUUUGCAGUAAUUUUAGCAUCGCUAUCCUAGCAGUAAUCUAACUAUGAUGAACUAAAGCCAAAAUAUCAAUCCAAAUCAAUCCUAUUAUCAGCAUUAAAAUCAUUAAAACAAAUAGAGUCAAAAUUUACAACAUCAUCAAUUGAUAGACACAAGACUAAUGCUUAAUAACCAGAAAUUCUCUCAUAAUCCGCAUAUUAAAGCUUUAUAGCCAAUUCAAAACACUAUUACUACAAGUCGAUCAACAGAUGAAAUGAAUACUAUAAAUGAUCAAAACUAGGUUUAAACAGAGGAAAGUAAUAAAAGCUUUAAUAGGUAGAGUAUAGGAAAUAAUCAGGAAAAAAGUGAAUUUUAACUUGAAAGUGAAAUGAUAAAGUUUAAUUAAAGAUAUGAUGCAUUAUUGAAGGACAUUGAAGCUUCUAAAAUGCCUAUUAAUAUAAGAGCAAGUAAUAAUUACAACUGA